CAAUAACUACUGAACGAACCUGUUUACGUCUUAUUCACACAGCUGGUUGGAAGUAGAGAAACAAGAAGAACUCAAAUAGAGAAGAGAGGUCCUGUACCUCUGUAGCAGUGUCUGUCGACACUUUCCAGUCAUGCCCGAAUCAACUGCCAUAGCAACGGUACACGCCAUUGUCUCCCUCGUGAACAUUGUUGGAAACUCACUCGUUUGUGUGAUCAUAAAAAGAAAUCGGGAUAUGAGGACUCCCAUAAACUGUCUACUAGUAAACCUGGCUAUAGCAGAUAUCAUGUACGCAGCGUUUAUUGCACCAGAAGUUAUCUUGAGAAUCGCUAUCACCCACCCCGAUGGAUUGGCUGGUACAUUCUUGUGCAAAUUGGUGACAGCUGCAAUCUUCGCGUGGAUCGGAGCCUUCUCCUCGAUGGUCACUCUGCUUGUUAUUGCCUUUGAACGAUAUUUUGCAGUGAUUUAUCCUUAUGAAAAUAGGAGACUUACCACGGGGAAACUGAAGAAGGCCAUUGCUGGCUCUUGGAUCUUCGCAGUAAUAAUCAAUCUGCCUUUGUUCGUGGUAGUAACCGUAAAGGACAAUACUUGUGUGAAUAUCUGGGUGUACGGCGAAAACUGGAAGCACAGGGCUUAUGAUAUGGUAUGGAACUCCGCGGCACUUUUGACUAUGGUACUGAUGGCAGGGUUAUAUUCCAGAAUCGUGUACACUCUGUGGUUUAAACGCGACGUUCACGACAAUCAACUUGCCUUUCAACAAAGAGGCGUAAUCAGGAUGCGGAAGCGAGCCACCUUGAUGGUGGUAACUGUCACUGUCUUAUUUGGGAUCUGUUGGGUGUCUGACAUAACUGCGCACAGCAUAGACUACUACACAUCUCAUCGCAUUAGUACAGAGACAUACCUCACUAUUCACACGCUGAUCUUGCUCAAUACCGCCGUGAACCCAUUUGUGUACACUCUGAUAAGCCACAACUUCCGAGAGAAGAUGAAAGGAAUGAUAUACUGCAGAUAUCCCGGCUCCACGGAUUCCUGGAGUCCAACCACGAGGAUACCGCCAAGUAGAAGGAAGUCUUCAGAACGUGAAUUAUGUCCAGAUCAGCAUAUUGAAACUGGUGGACAUGUUAACGUGGUAGCUAUACGGUUUAACCAACCAAUGUAGAAGUACUUUGUAACCAGCAGCGAUAAAUGAAGUAGCGAGCCGGCUGACAAACACUUUAAUAUUUGCAUACGGGCCGUAGUCAGUGCGUCGACAAUUUGAAGUUUUAGAAGGGCUUAGUUGAUGGUUGCACUAUUUUACUACUUUAAAUCAUUUUAUGCUUUUCUGGGAAAUUUAGCUGGAGUAUUACGUGUUAAUAAAUGAUGUAUGAAGGCGCACUUUGUUAGACGCUUAAAGAUGCAGCUGAAACAGACAAUAAACUUACAAAACAAAACUGUUU